AUGUUAAAAAUUUUAUUACCAACAUUAAUGCUAAUCCCAUCAACAUGAUUAACAAAUAAAAAAUGAUUAUGACCGUCCUUAACCUCACAAAGCCUUAUUAUUUCACUACUUAGCUUAAUAUGAUUUUUUAAUCAAUCCGAAACAACUCACUUCUCAAACUACCUUAUAACUAUUGACCAAAUCUCUACCCCUUUGCUAAUCUUAACAUGCUGACUUCUCCCAUUAAUACUUAUUGCUAGCCAAAAUCACUUAUCAAACGAACCAAUCUCACGACAACGAACUUUUAUUACUAUACUUGUCUUUCUUCAAUUAUCCUUAAUUAUAGCUUUUUCAGCAACAGAGUUAAUUUUAUUUUAUAUUAUAUUUGAAAUUACAUUAAUCCCAACAUUAAUUAUUAUUACACGUUGAGGAAACCAAGCAGAACGCUUAAAUGCAGGUACUUACUUUUUAUUUUAUACUCUAGCAGGUUCCUUACCUCUCCUAGUUGCACUUUUAUCAUUAUAUUCCUCUACAGGAACCCUAUCACUAAAUUUACUUCAACUACUACCCAACCACAUCCCAAUAACUUGAGCCAAUUACUCAUGAUGAUUAGCCUGCUUGUUAGCCUUUAUGGUAAAAAUACCACUUUAUGGAACACACCUAUGACUUCCAAAAGCUCAUGUAGAAGCCCCUAUUGCUGGUUCAAUAGUUCUUGCUGCUAUUCUUCUUAAACUUGGAGGUUAUGGUAUUAUCCGAAUCUCAAUUACACUCUCCCCUUCAAUAAAAGAAUUAGCCUACCCAUUCCUCAUUUUAUCACUAUGAGGAAUUAUUAUAACCAGCUCUAUCUGCUUACGACAAACAGAUUUAAAAUCAAUAAUUGCCUACUCAUCUGUAAGCCACAUGGGACUAGUAAUUUCAGCUGGCAAUAAUCAAACCCCAAUGAAGGCCUUAACAGGAGCAAUAAUCUUGAAUACAUCCGACGGCCUAACUCACUCCGCCCUAUGCUGUCUUGCAAAGUACCAAAGUUACGAACGUACACAUAGCCGAGCACUUCUAUUAUCACGAGGCCUAGAGACCAUCCUUCCACUAAUAGGAACCUGAUGACUAAUCUCAAACCUUGCUAAUAUAGCCCUACCACCGUCCCCAAACUGAAUAGGAGAGAUCACUAUUAUAACAGCCUUAUUUAACUGGUCAAGUUGAACUAUUAUCCUCACAGAUUUAGGCACACUUCUUACGGCUAGCUACUCUCUCUACAUAUUCCUGAUAACUCAACGAGGAAUAACCCCAGAACACCUUAAUGCUAUUAACCCUACACAUACCCGAGAACACACCUUAAUAACCAUACAUUUAAUUCCAAUUAUCCCAUUAAUAAUAAAACCCGAACUGAUUUGAGGGUUAUUUUUCU